CUCAAGUGCUACAAGAGGGAAUUUAAGAGGGCAGCUAGAGGUGAGCCUGCAGGUACACGGGGAGCAUCUGAACAGAUCCGAUCAGAAUCAUGCAGGCUCUUUUGGUGUUUUUCGUGUUCUUUGGAGCUUUAUCUGUGGAAGGAGAAGUCCUGAAUGAACUGAAUUCACUUAUCACAUUUUCACCUGAGACAGAUGUUUCAUCCUCACAGCAUCAACCACUGGAUUCUUCAUCUGCACCUACAGAUGAAAAGAGAACCAAUGAAGCACAAAGAACAAGGCAAGUAAGCGACACUGCCACAGAUACGCAGUCAGUCAUGGGGCGAACCGAGGCUGUGUGGGUGGAGCUCAAUGCUGUGUUGGAGAGAUGGGGCGGAGCCGCAGGGAAACUAAAUGCAGUCUUGAGGGAACUCAGGGAGGAGAAAAGACGCCUCAUGGACCAAGGGGAAGAACAGAAAGCAAAGAAAAAGGAAGAGGAUGAUGAAGAAGAAGAAGAAGAUGAUGAUGAUGAUGCGGAAGAAGAAGAGGAGGAGGAGGAAGAAGAAGAAGAGGAGGAGGAGGGAAAGGAAGAAGAGGCAGCCGAAGAGGAGGAGAAUGAUGCAUCUAACAGCACUUCGACCCAAGACUCAUUACCAGAAGGCUGCCAACUGGCAGAAAGUCGAAUAUCCUGCAAGCAGAUUGGCUUGUCCCACCUGCCAGUCAUCACAAACCUGGAAGUCACCAUCCUUGAACUGCCUGGAAAUAACUUAACAAGAAUUCCUCCUCGUGGUUUUUCCGAACUGCCAAAUCUUGAAGAGCUUGACCUAAGUUUGAACAAGCUGGACGACUCUUCUUUCGGCCAAAGUCUUUUCAUGAAUUUGACAAAGCUGAAGAGUCUGAAACUUGACAGCAAUGAACUUACAACAAUUCCACGCUUGCCAUCUUCUUUGGAGGAUCUAAAGAUAAACAACAAUAAAAUAAACCAACUGGCUUCACACAGCUUCAAAGGCCUGCCUAACCUAAAAGUCUUAGAACUGACAGGAAACAUUCUCUAUGAGGGCAGCAUUGCACCCUGGGCUUUCAAACCUCUGAAGGCACUCAAGUUUUUACGACUGAAUAAAAACAGAUUCAGUGCUAUCCCAGCAGACUUGCCCCCAUCUAUAGAGGACCUGAGGUUGCAGGACAAUCAAAUAGUGGAGGUGCAGGACAGGCUUUUGGAUAAGUGUGUCCACCUGAAGGUGUUAGAUCUCAGUCACAACCUCCUAAAAGAGAACAGCAUCUACCCUGAGGCCUGGAUCAACCUGCCGAAGCUGGAAACUCUUGACCUGUCCCAUAACCAGAUGGCAGUGGUGCCCUCAGAUCUGCCCAGGGCCUUGCGCCAACUCUCCCUGCAGCACAAUCACAUUCACUCCAUUCCUCCAUACUCACUGAGUCACCUCCGCCCAGGCUUACAGUCCCUACGCCUCUCCCACAACCUGUUAGAAGAGCACGGCGUGCUGGGGAAGUCAUUUCGUGGUGUUUAUCAAACUCUGGUGGAGUUACACUUGGACAACAACAGGUUUGAGAGGGUGCCACACAAUAUGCGCCACUUCAAGAACCUCAAACUACUGCAUCUAGACCAUAACCGUAUAAGCUCUGUCCCAGUGAAAUCUAUCUGUAAGUUUAAGAGGACUGAGGAUUCUCCACUGUCAACUGUCCAUUUACAGUACAACUACAUCAAUGUAAAGAAAAUCCCUCGUGCUGCUUUCUCCUGCAUUCAGGAUUCCAGUGGGAUCAUACUGGAGCCCCAGAGACAAACACAGGUCUACUAACAGAAAC